AGCCUCUUAGAGAAGUCUUAAAUUUCAUUUCGCGAAAGGUAUAAGGUUCUGAUCACACCGUCUGGCAUAGCAUUUUUUCUGGCUUUUCUUCAUAGGUCAACCAGUUGGUUUGGGAUUAUUAGGAAAUGAAUCUCAAGAAAAUAUUCGUCAAUUGUUGUUGAAUUUCCAGUCAACAUAUGCUGAUUACCAGAAUAUAAAAACACUUAUGGUUGAUAAAGAUUUGAACGAAAUCGCACUGAUAAAAGAUUUGUUGCCGGUAUCGACGGUGCUACUAUGCUACUUCCACAUAAUUAAAAGAUUAAAAGAACAUAUUUCUAAAUUACCGAUUGAUAUUGAACAAAAGAGAGAAAUAUUAAAUUUAUCAAGACAAUUAAUUUAUAGUGAAGACCAAGACAAAUUUGAUAUAAAUACCAUUAAAUUAAAACAAGCGGCUGCACAUACCACCUACUGGACAUAUAUUAAUCAAAGGUGGAUGAAUUGUAUUGAUUUAUGGGCACUGUAUAAACUCAAACUAUUAGUUACAUUAUUAAAUAAUACAAAUAAUCGUAUUGAAUCAUUUUAUCGUGUAGUUAAACGUGAAUUUCGUCGGCGUUCAAAAAUUUCACACCUUAGCGAAGCUCUAACAAUGUUAAUCCCAAGCAAAUAUCACCUAUGA